UUUCAGUAGUUCUCCACCCACCAGCCGAUAUAGAAGACGCUACUCAGCCGCCGCGCGUUUGUCAUCUAAGCAUAUGGCAAAAACAGCCCUCGUUCUUUCUUUUAUCGUUGUGCCCACUACUCUUUAAAAAUUCCGCCGAAAAAGAGAAGACGAUUUUCCCAAACCUUUUGGCCGUUAUCUCACGGCUCCCCUGUCUCUGUACAGGUGUAUGAGCGCUACCCAGAGGGCCUAGGGGCGGCUCUUUACCGGGAGCACUUUGACUUCAACGCUGAGCCACCUUGGGAUCCUAGCUGAUAGCGGGACAAGUCCAUCUCCUGACUUGUCCAUUUUGUUGCAUACCGGCAGGACCCCAUUGGCUCAGUCGUGACCCUUUGACUCGUUUAUCUAUUCUUUAUGAUCGUCGACUUUGUAGAAUACGGUUAAGAUGAAAGGACUCGCUGACAAACCUAGCUACAUCAUUGAACUGCUGGAGGGAGGAGUUACACUAGAAGAUGUAAUUGAUGGACACAUUUGCGAACAGGUUUUGAUGGAGAAAAGUGCGUUUGUGGUGGGCGACCUCGGUACUCUGAUGCGGCAGCACAUGUGCUGGCAGAGUGUAGUGCCGCAGUUGCAGCCAUACUUCCCAGUCAAGUGCAACAGCAGCCCUGUGGUCAUCGAAGUGCUGGCCUCCUUGGGCCUGGGCUUUGUUUGUGCCAACAAGGCUGAGGUAAGCUUGGUUCUGGAGCAUGGUGUGCCACCCGAAAACAUCAUUCUGUCAAGUGUUUUCAAGCAGCUGGCUCACAUCAAGCAUGCUGCCAAGAACAACAUCCAGCACAUUGUGUGUGAAAAUGAGGCCGAGUUGUCCAAGAUUGCCCGUUUGCAUCCUAAUGCAAAGUUGCUGCUGCAGUUGACUACUGAGGCCCAUGCAGCUGAGACCAGCAUGGCCUUCGGUUUCUCUCUCAAAAGCUGCCGGCACCUUCUGGAGAUGGCCAAGGAGCUGGGUGUCCAGGUGGUGGGGGCAACCUUUAACAUUCCAAGCUCCUGCCAAGACCUGCAACAGGCUUACACCCAUGCAUUGUCAGAUGCCCGCUGUGUGUUUGACAUGGGGGAGGAUCUGGGCUUCAAUAUGCACAUUCUGGACAUUGGUGGUGGAUUUACUGGCUCAGAGCUUCAGCUCAAGCAGGUGGAGUCUGCAGUCAGGCCACUGCUGGAUGCCUAUUUUCCCCAACUGUCAGGUGUGCAAGUGAUGGCCCAGCCAGGCAGCUUUUAUGUGGCAUCAGCUUUCACUCUGGCAGUCAAUGUUAUUGGCAAGAAAGUAGUGACCUGCCACUGGGACACCUUGUCUCAAGGUGAGAAGAAUGAGGACACGGAGUGCUUGUACUACAUGAAUGAGGGUGUUUAUGGCCCAUUCAGCCACAAGCUGCUGGGAAAUAUCAUUGCAGCCCCAUCAGUGCACAAGCAUGUGUUGUGUGCCAAUGAGCCCAUGUAUCCCAGCAGCCUGUGGGGCCCGUCUCUGGACCAGCUGGACCAGGUGGUGGAGCGCUGCCUGCUGCCAGAGCUCAGCAUGGGAGAUUGGCUUCUCUUCUCCAACAUGGGAGGUUGCUGCCUGGAGGAGUUCAGUGGCCUCUCCAGCUCCAGCCAGCUGCCGGUCUACUACACUAUCUCCACCUCUGACUGGUACGAAAUGCAAGAAGCCGGUGUGGCACUGGACAGUGCCAUGAAGAAUUUCUCGGUGCUCCAGUAAAGUGCGCAACUGCCCCGGCCCCUGUCCUGUUUUGGUAUUGCACAGAUCUUCUUUGCCUCUGCUUUCACCAUGUGAGAAGAGAGGUCAGCGUUGUAUUUGGGACAAGUGGCUAAGCGUGGUCGACAUUCCAGCCACUUUGGAAAAUGCAGUGUCCAAUUAAUGUUGGUAUUAUUAUUUUACCCUUUCCUUCCAAAAUUUGACUUUUUGGGGGGGGUUUCAACCUUCAGAAAUGGGGAAACACUUGGUCGUUUGAUACCUCAAUUGUCCAAAAUUUACCUGAAAGAUAAUCCUAGUUUUGCUCCUCUCUGAAAGACUUAGAAUCUGUCAGCUUAAAGAACUGUAGCCCAAGCUCAAAUGAUAUUAUGCAACAAAAUGGAUGACUCUCUGGAGAUGGAACCCCCAACAUGUUUGGGAAGGUUUAUUUCCUAAAUCAGACUUAGUUUACAAAAUGUUUAAUUGAUGUAAGCAGUUAAAUCAAAUUGUCUCUAUUGAUUACCUAUUGUUCAAAUUCUGUUUGAACACCAGAACAGCUUAUUUGUAGAUUUUUUUUUUCUUUUCCUUCAAAAAAAAAAAAAAAAAAAAAAAAAAAAGCCUCAUAUGGAUUCUGUGCUUCAGACCCCUAGCACUGUUUAAAUGACAUAACAGUGAUGUUACCUAUUGCUUUAUUGCAGUUCACCUCAUUAUUUAUUGGAUUCACAUAUUACUGUGGCAUAUUUAAAGCUUAAUCUUUAAGUGUGUUGUGCCCAUCUAUCAGUGUUUUUUUUUUUUUUUUUUUUUUUUUACGCUACAUGAUUAUGUGUGCCGUGAUUGCCAUUUGUGAGCUCACUGGUUUCCCUUCACUCAAAAGGCAUGACGGAGUGGAAGCAGGAGAUUGUCCCUUUGCUAAGCUGGAGCUUGAAUGCCGAGAAGCUUAAUAAUGCACUCCUUGUCUCUAGCAGAGCAGGGUCAAUCUGGUUUAAGACACACAAAAUCUUUUGUAGGUUUUAAAAAAAAAAAAGUGAAAUUAAACAUAGCAUCCCUAAAUUUUCUGAUCCAGAUAUUAAUUUCUCACUUGAUCGAUCAAGGGAUUGGUCAUUGUUUGCCUUGGAUCUCAAGCUAGCCGAGAAGUUUUUUGUUCACCAAGCUCAAACAAGUUCUCUAUAUGUGGCAGAUGUCAAAGUACAUGUCUGUAUCCUAAAAGUGUUGCUAGUUGUACACAGACCUCUGAGGUAGUGCAGAUGAAAAAUGUCAUGCUACACCUUUCCUCAUGCCUCUCUAACGUUAUGAGGUGCAUAAAGCACAGUCUCUUGUACAGCUCUAUGUUUGAUAAUAUGGUGACCUGACCUAACAGCAGUUUUUAAAGAAUCCUGCCCUUGUGUUUUACAAGUGACUAAUGCAUUGAUUACUUGUCAAAGGCACUAAUGGACCAUAGCCUGUUUCUGACUGUAAAUUGUGCUUGUUUCAAGUAAUGAAAGUGAUUAAUUUAAUACAUUUCGGACUGAAAUAUU